UCAUAGUUUUAAAAACAAUAGGGAGUGCAUGCUAAUGGUUUAAUUUCUCCUCAGCAAUCAAAUUAAAUGGCGGAAACAAACGAUAAGAUAAUCGAGGAUUUGACCAAAGAUUUUGAGACGACGAGUAAAAAGGUGAUAACUUCGAAAUCAGAACAAGAAGAUCAAUUAGAAUUUGAAGAUGCAUUGGGGCCACCCUCUAGAAAAGAUUCCCCAAAUGUUUCAGAUGAAUCUGAUUCUGAAGAUGUUGCACAUAAUGAAACACUGGCUCUAAGCAACGAACAAAUUGAGGAAAGAAAACGAGAAGUUUUAGAUGUUAAAGAAAAAGGGAAUGAAUUUUUCAGAAAUGGAAACCAUGACGAAGCAUGCCAGCAGUACUCAAAAGCCUUGAAACUGUGUCCCUUUUCCUUCAAAGUAGAAAGAUCAAUUUUGUACAAUAAUCGAGCAGCUGCAAAAGCAAAACAGGGUAAAACUGAGAGUGCCUUAAAGGAUUGCACAAAAGCUGUUGACCUAAACCCUGUGUAUAUUAAAGCUCUAUUACGUCGAGCCAAACUCUAUGAAGAAGUUGAUCAACUUGACAAGGCUCUAGCAGACUACAAAGAAUUACAUAAACUAGAGCCUAACAAUGUGGAAGUAAACUCUGCUUUGGCAUAUUUGCCUAGACGUAUUGAAGAACAGACAGAAAAGCUAAAGCAAGAAAUGUUUGGAAAAAUGAAAGAUUUGGGGAAUAUGUUUCUAAAACCUUUUGGUUUGUCAACAGAUAAUUUUCAAAUCAAUAAAGACCCUACCACAGGCUCUUACUCAGUAAACAUGAAUAAGUGAUUGUCUUUACUUUCCAAAUCCAGCAUUGUCUGAUUGAUAACCUAUGUCAAAUUGAAUUGUAAAGUUUCAAAUGAUUUAAAUAAAUACCCGUUCUGUGGACAUUCAGAUUAAGGUAUAAUUUUUCGGCCAGGGCGCCACGUGCAGUACAGGUAUAUAGUGAUACAUAAUAGUACACUUUUCGUUCGAUUUCAAAUGACACGGAACUGCAUACCAGAAGAAAAGUCGGUAGUCAAAGAGAUUUUUUUUUGUUAAGCUGCUGGUAAAGCUGGCAUGUGUGUCCAAGCUACCUUUUUUUCCACAAUUUAAAAAAAAAGCAUACCAAACCAACAAAAACGCUUUUAACAAAUCUAGAAAAAAGUAAUAAAAAAAAGAAAGAAA